UCUUGCUGCCCAGUAGAUCUACGUAAGUCGUUACUUUAGGAGCUUGGCAUCGCGAGUAUUCCCUGGAGAUAGUGUAGCGAGAGUGCAGGUGAGCAUCAAGUGAUUGUUCGAGGAAGGACAUCGCCUGCUUCUUUGUUCGCUGAAUUUUGAAUGGAGUUGGUGGAGGCGAGAGGGAGAACUCGGGAAAUUGCAGACAGUACAUUAUGAGUCCAGUAUUCUGGGCUCGACUAUGGAUAGCGUGCACAUGUUUGUUGGUGGCGUGCUGUGUCGUGCUGGCGGAACGGCGUGACGAAGCAGUGGGUAACUCGGAUGCUUCUGAGCCUAAUUCUCACCCAGCUCAUCAUUACCUAAAUCAAUGGGCAGUGGAGGUGCAGGGAGGGGAGGAAGGUGCGCGCCGAGUGGCAAGGGAAACUGGCUUCACCUAUCUGUCCAAGGUGGGUACGUUGGAUGACUUCCAUACGUUUGCUCACCCGCAUCACCCAGAAGUUCAUCAUGAACAUGCGCACGAGAAGACAUCAGUUCUGCAUGGACAUACUGAGGUGCGGUGGGCCGAACAGCAGAAGGUGUUGAAGCGGUCAAAGCGAAGCACAGCGUCGCAGGAGCAUGCUCCACGUCAUCUCCAUCACCGUCACCACCAACAGCAUCCCGGCAGACGGAGACGGGGCUUGCCGAAGCGUGAUGUCCCGCUGUCGGCGAACGCCACUCUCCACGGGCAACCGUACCAUGACCCUCGCGACCCAAUGUGGAGUCAGAUGUGGUACCAUUUUCGUCGCUAUCAGGAACCUAUGCCAGUGUGGCGCCGUGGCUACACGGGGCGUGGUGUUGUCAUUAGCAUCCUCGACGACGGCAUUGAAUACACGCAUCCUGACUUGAAGAAUCAAUACGAUCCAGAGGCAAGUUACGACUACAACGACAACGAUCCAGACCCUAUGCCACGACCAUCGUAUGAGAACAAGCACGGAACUCGCUGUGCUGGCGAGGCAUCUGCAGGUUUGAAUGACGUCUGUGUGGUUGGUGCAGCAUACAACAGCUCCAUCGGUGGUGUUCGUAUGAUGGACGGCCCAGUGACGGACAUAGUGGAGGGCCACUCGCUGAGCUUUCACCCGCAGCAUAUCGAUAUCUACAGCAGUAGCUGGGGACCGGACGAUGAUGGGCAAACUGUGGAUGGUCCAGCACGCUUAGCACAGGCUGCGUUCAAGCAGGGCACUGAAAAAGGACGUGGAGGCUUAGGGUCCAUCUUUGUCUGGGCAUCUGGCAAUGGCGGAUCGAAAGGUGAUAGUUGUGGUUGUGAUGGCUACACAAACACAAUCUACUCUAUCAGUGUGAGUGCCAUGUCGGAACAUGGUGCAUCACCCUGGUAUUCUGAACAUUGCUCAAGUACUCUGGCCAGUACAUACAGUAGUGGAAAGAAGUCACAGGGAGAAAGGAAAAUUGUGACGGUAGAUUUAAACGAUGGCUGUACGUCAGCCCACACCGGCACAUCUGCCGCUGCACCCAUGGCUGCUGGACUUCUGGCUCUGGUCUUGGAAGCUAAUCCCAAGCUAACAUGGCGUGACGUGCAGCACAUCGUAGUACUCACGUCGCAGCCGCACCCGCCGGACGCCGUCAACUACCAGCCCAACAUCUGGACACGCAACGCGGCGGGUCACACGCACAGUCAUGAGUUUGGCUUUGGUCUCAUGCACACUGCGGCCAUGGUGAACCUAGCCAGACACUGGAGACGUGUACCGGACAUGCGCUCAUGCCUGGAACACACUACGAAUAUUGACCAGACCAAGCCCGGCACGUUCACCAUAGAGGCGAGGGCCUGCCAGGGCACGGCAAACGAGGUGCGCUACGCCGAAAACGUCAUUGCUAUCAUCAGCGUGGGCGGCAGUCGACGUGGUGGACUUAAGUUUGGCCUGACAUCACCGCAGGGCACGUACUCUGAACUGCUACCGUACCGUCGUAAGGACUUUCACACCACGGGAUUUGACAAUUGGCGUUUCCUGACCGUGCGCAGCUGGGGGGAGAAUCCGCACGGCCAGUGGAAGUUCACCGUGGACGCGCAGGCCAACGUCAAAGUCACCAGCAUCCAGCUGGAGAUUCACGGUACGUACGACGCGCCUGCGUUCACCCGCCUACCGGAGAUGUCCGAUUGUCAUACCCAGUGCCAUGACGGCUGUGUGGGCUUGUCCUCCAAGGACUGCCACAGCUGUCAGGAGAUGACCGUGUUCCUGGACGACAACGCGUUUGACUGUGUGCCGUAUGACAGCUGCCCGCCUGGCUUCUACAAGCAGGAGAUCACAUGUCGCAAGUGUGCCAUGAAGAACUGCUGAAGACGAGCAUCUCACCUUCCAGCCACAGGUCCAUAAAUUGUGUAACUCGGUUUUUGCUAAAGUUGCUGCUUUCCGACAUGGCCGUAGAAAUUUAACAAAUGAUGCAAAGCGAACAUUCUACUUGUCUAUUAUUCAGUCUACCCUAGACUAUGCCAGUAAUGCUUACCUACAUUGUUUAAGCACAACUCUGUACAAU